CGGCUCACCGUGUGUCCGGCCUGUCAAACCGUGAGACUUUCACAGAAUCGACAAGAUUGGAAUAACAGGGAUGCACAUGACGAAAAAGACAAGAAAUACAAUGAAGCCGCCAGCACAGACUCAAUCCUCUCCUGCAUUUGAAGGUGUCUACAACAAUGCCCGGAUGCUUCAUUUUCUCACUGCAGUAGUAGGUUCCACCUGUGAUGUGAGAGUGAAAAAUGGCACAGUGUAUGAAGGGAUCUUUAAGACUCUCAGCUCGCAGUGUGAACUGGCUGUGGAUGCUGUCCACAAGAGGAGUGAGGGACUCACAGAUGAUGGGGAUGGGGGAGGAGAGGAGGGUGGAGGAGGAGGUGGCCGGCUCUUGACCCCAAUGAUUGAGGAGAUCACUGACACCAUGAUCUUCAGCCCUGCAGACCUGGUCACUAUGACCUGCCGUGAUGUUGACCUCAACUAUGCUAUCAGAGAUACAUUCACCGACUCGGCCAUCAGCUCCACACGUGUCAACGGAGAGCACAGAGAGAAGGUGUUGCAGAGGUGGGAUGGAGGGGGCAGCAAUGGAGAGAACUAUGAUCUGGAAUCAGAUGCUUCAAAUGGCUGGGACGCCAAUGAAAUGUUUAAGUUCAAUGCGGAGACAUAUGGCAUCAAGUCCACCUAUGAUUCCAGCCUUUCUAUGUACACCGUGCCUCUAGAGAGGGGUAACUCAGAGGUAUACCGGCAGCGGGAGGCCCGUGCCGCCCGGCUGGCCAAUGAGAUAGAGAGUAGCCUUCAGUACCGACGACGUGUCUCUCUGGAGAAUGACGAGGGCAAGAACGAGGAGGAGAAGUUCAGCUCUGUGGUCCGAGACCGGGAGGACCGGGCUAGUCCCGGCUUCACUUCUGGCAACAGGGAAGGCAAAUACAUUCCACUGCCCCAGAGGGCACGGGAGAUGGGCAUGUCUGCCAGCAGCCUGAGGGGCGGGGCAGCUAGUCGAACAGGAGUGCCAGGCUCCUCCAAGCAUGCCCCUCCAGGCUCCUCCUCCUCCUCUUCCUCCUCACCCAAGCCGUCCUCUGACAGGAGCAGCCCGUUGUCUGGCAGAACAGUCUACUCUCCCCAUCAGACCCAGGGCAGUCCUCCGUCUGCCUGCAGCCCUCCCUGCUCCAAUCACGAGGCCACUUCUCGCUCCUCUGUCAAUGGAGUUGUGCCCAGAACCUCCCCUAAAUCCCAGCGACCUCCUAACAGCCGAACUCUGCGCACCCCGAAUUCCCAGUCUUCUCCUGCAGUGUCUCGCUCUCCAAAGCCAGAUGCCACCCCUCAGGAUAUCCCUCUUGGUGGCCGGGCCUAUCAGGACUCCUCUUCUUCAGCAGCCACAGAAACCACCAAACCUUCUGGCCCCACACCAUUGUUUACCGUUGAUGUGAAUGAAAUACUCAACUCGGCUAAGGAGCGAACAGAGAGCCUGAUCAGUCCCCAGGAGGGCAAGAGCAGCAAAGCUCCCUCAGUCCAGCAGAGGUCUCAGCUCGAUGAGCUGCGGAGGUUUGGCAAAGAGUUUCGGCUGCAGCCGAGCUCCCCCCCUGCAGCCAACACUGUCUCCUUGGAACCUCCUCAACCCAACACUGUUCAGACUGCUGACUCCGCCUCCCCAGCACAGCCCAAAUCUGGCCCCUCCCAUACCACCUCUGCCCAAGGCUUGCAGCAAACUACUGAGGGAACCACCUCCUCCGCUACACCUGCUGCUGCUACUACCCCUACAACACAAGCCAUACCUCAGUCCACAGCAUCAGAUGGGCCAUCACCUGGGAUACCACCGCCAGCCAGGACCCCUGGAAGUGAGGAGCCCCAGCCUGACAGUAGCGAGCAAGCUGAGGGUGUAUCGGUGGCUGCAGUGCAGGUGAAGAACUCCACAUUGAAUCCCAAUGCAAAAGAAUUCCUUCCUGUCAAAGGCUCUGCCACUGUGCACAAGUCUGCCUCAACUCCUACUCCCCCACGGCCCACCCCACCCAGCCCCUCGGUGGUACUCCCAACCCCACCGGGGCAGCACGGAGGAGGAGCCAUCUACAGCAACCCUCCCGGACCAUACCUGUCCUAUGUCUCUCCUAUCACCAUCCAGGGACACUCGGUCCAGGUACGGUCCUGGCUCCCACAGGCUCCUCAGAUGUACCAGUACACUAUGUCAACAAUCAGCCAGGGCAAAUACCCAAGAGCCAAAGGCCCAGUGGUGGGUCCCCGUCCAGAACAUCACACGUCCCCAGCAUCCCCGAUGAUCCAGGCAGCAGCCUCUGCAGCAGGGCCCCCACUGGUGGCCUCGCCUUACCCCCAGUCCUACUUGCAGUACGGCCAGGUUAUCCAAGCCAUGCCCCCCCACUACCACGGACAGCCAAUGUACUCCAUGUUGCAGGGGGGGGCGAGGAUGCUGGCCUCCGGCGCUCCCCCGCAGGCUAUGGGUGCCCCCGGCCCCCAGUAUCCCGGUCAGGCUGAGGGUCAGCCAGGGCCACAACAGGCCAUGUAUGCUCCGGGGUCGUUCUCUCACCAUUCGGGCUCUAUACAUCCUCCUCAGCCCUCCAGCACUCCCACAGGCAGUCAGCCUCCACCGCAGCACACAGCUCCCAGUCCUGGACAUGCGCAGUCGGGCCAAGGGGGUCCUCAGCCACAGUCCUUAUACCACUCCGGGACUUUGUCAGCGCCUACCCCUCCCAACAUGCCCCCCGGCCACAGCUCCCCCCAGACCUCCUAUCCCAUGCAGGGCUACAGCCUGGCGACACACCAGCCGAUGCCACAUGGCUUCCCUCAGAUAAGCCAGCUGACACAGGCCCACAUUGCUGGAGGUAUGUCCGGACCUCACCCCUCUGCCGGCCACGGACCGCCCCCCGUCAUGCUUCACUAUGCUGCUCCACAACAGGGCACUGGCUCCACCCCUCAGCAUGGCCCACCGCCUCAGCAGGGCGCACACCAACACUACUACAUAGGACCACCUCAAGCUGUGCAGGUGCAGGCUCACCCCACCCAGCAGCUGUCUUUCCACCCUCCUGGAAACUAAGCCUCAAACACCUAAAUCACAGCCAUGUGCUCACUGGUGACAUUUGGGUGCAUGGGGUCGGCUACUACACUCUGGAAGUCUUGGUGGUCCGGACUUGACCCUGUACACGGCAUUCCCUGAUCGUCCACAAACCCGCACAAAUCCAACCACCCACCAGCUUCAACUCACGCUCACCACAUUCCCACAUCUUGCCAACAGAUCAACAGUUUCAAUUUCUUUUAGUUUCAGUUACUUUUUUUAAAACCCAAUUCUUUUAGCAGUGUGAAGGAGAGCUUACUAGCUUAAGCUCAGUAAGCUAGCACAGAAUGCAUUUGCCCAGUUGCUGAGAGCAAAGUUAAGGACAUACCCAGAUGAAAAGAAACGAACAGCAAAACAUGUCCCAUUGCAAACUUUUGGACUGAUGAGUGAUAACAAUAUCCUCUUUCUUCCUCCUUAUUGCCCCCAUCCAUUUUCCCUCUCUCCCUUUUUUCAAGUGAAAUGUCUGCAUAAAUAAGUGAAAAACAAAUAAAAAAUAAAAUUCAGU